AUGUUGUCCGCGACGCGAGUGAUCAGCCGAAAGGCUCUAGAGUGUUCAGGAAUCGGAUCGGACCUAUACACACAAAGGAAUUUCUCGACACUUCUCAAAAGUACCGCAGCUCCCACGGUACCUAUUUACCAGCGACAUGCACUUCAAUACAGGCACAAAUCUGAGGGAGUUCGAGGAGCGGUCAUCGGUAUUGACUUGGGUACUACAAACUCAUGUGUGGCUGUUAUGGAAGGAAAGACACCAAAGGUAGUCGAAAACACUGAAGGUUCCCGUACAACACCCUCGCAUGUUGCCUUCAGCAAAGAUGGAGAAAGACUAGUCGGUAUGCCAGCGAAGCGUCAAGCAGUUACUAACAGCGGUAACACCUUCUAUGCUACCAAGCGGUUGAUUGGUCGCAGGUUUGAUGACCCUGAAGUCCAGAAGGAUAUGAAGAAUCUCUCAUAUAAGGUUGUCAAGGCAUCGAAUGGAGACGCUUGGGUGCAAGGAAGCGAUGGAAAGGUGUACUCCCCCAGUCAGAUUGGUGCGUUUGUCCUCAUCAAGAUGAAGGAAACCGCUGAAGCAUACUUGAACACAACAGUCAAGAAUGCUGUCAUCACAGUCCCAGCUUACUUUAACGACUCCCAACGACAGGCCACUAAGGACGCUGGUCAGAUCUCUGGAUUGAAUGUACUGCGUGUGAUUAACGAGCCAACGGCUGCCGCGCUAGCCUAUGGAAUGGAUAAGACUGAAGAUAAAAUUAUAGCUGUAUACGACUUGGGAGGUGGUACCUUUGACGUCUCGGUGCUAGAGAUCCAGAAGGGUGUGUUCGAGGUGAAGUCCACCAACGGUGACACACUGCUCGGUGGCGAGGACUUUGACAAUGUCAUUGUUAACUUCCUGGUGGACGAGUUCAAGCGAGACCAAGGACUCGACAUCCGCAAAGACGCCAUGGCCAUGCAGCGACUGAAGGAAGCAGCUGAGAAGGCUAAAAUUGAGCUUUCCGGCUCCGUACAGACUGACAUCAACCUGCCCUACCUGACCAUGGACGCCUCUGGUCCCAAACAUAUGAACUUAAAGAUGACUCGUGCGAAGCUAGAAUCCCUUGUUGGCGAUUUAAUCAAACGGACAGUUGCUCCGUGCCAGCGCGCUCUGCAAGAUGCCGAGGUCUCGCGGUCUGACGUGGGCGAAGUAUUGCUCGUCGGAGGAAUGACAAGAAUGCCUAAGGUCCAACAAACAGUGCAAGAGAUCUUCGGCAGAGCGCCUUCAAGAUCAGUGAAUCCAGACGAAGCGGUCGCAGUCGGAGCCGCCGUCCAGGGUGGAGUCCUGGCUGGUGACGUCACCGACAUCCUCCUCCUCGACGUAACGCCCCUGUCCCUCGGAAUUGAGACCCUCGGUGGUGUCUUCACCAAGCUCAUCACCAGAAACACCACCAUCCCGACCAAGAAGAGCCAAGUAUUCUCGACAGCCGCUGACGGUCAGACCCAAGUGGAAAUCAAGGUACAUCAAGGCGAACGCGAAAUGGCCGCAGACAACAAGAUCCUGGGACAGUUCUCGCUCGUGGGCAUUCCUCCAGCUCCCAGGGGAGUUCCCCAGAUCGAGGUGACCUUCGACAUUGACGCCAACGGAAUCGUACAUGUGUCCGCACGAGACAAGGGUACUGGAAAGGAACAACAAAUCGUAAUUCAAUCAUCGGGCGGUCUAUCGAAGGACGAGAUCGAGAACAUGGUGAAAGCGGCAGAGCAGUUCGCUGCUGCUGACAAGGCGCGCAGGGAGAGAGUGGAGGUGUCCAAUCAGGCGGAGGGAGUUCUGCACGACACGGAGACCAAAAUGGACGAGUACAAAGACCAGUUGCCACAGGACGAGUGCGAAAAACUUCGCGGCGAGAUGGGCAAGCUCCGCGAAUUGUUGGCACAGAAAGACAGCGCCGACCCCGAAGCCAUUCGUACUGCCACCAGCACGCUACAGCAAGCCAGUCUCAAGCUGUUCGAGCAAGCCUACAAGAAGAUGGCAGCAGAGCGCGACAACCAACAGUCAACACAACAAACGGAGCAGACAACAGACGAGAAGAAAGAAGAGAAGAAGAACUAA